AUGGCAAAAAAGACGCCCCCUCCCGCCAAAAAAAAUAAAUAAAUAAAGACGCUGCAGCUUUUCUGUCUCUCGCUCCAUCUCUCAUGGGCAAACGUAUGAGAGGCCCUCAUGGUGUGGAGCUGAGCCUCUUCGCCAACAGCCAAGCGAUCUUGGAAGCAGCAUCUCCAACCCCAUCAAGCCUUCAGAUUGAUGGAGGCACUGAGCCAACAGCUGAUCUGCAAGCUCUCGCGAGAACUUGAGCCGGGACACACCCAGCGAAGCCACGCCCCGUUUCCUGAAUCUCAGAAACUCUUCUAGGCUUUUGGAGCCAGAUGGAGCUGGUUUGUGACCUAGCUGACCACCUACUACUGGUGAUAACUGUGGACGAGCCACUCCACGUCUUUGAACCUCUUCAUCUGGAAAGUCUCUAAAGUGCCUCUGGUUUCACCUGGUGCCUUAGCUGAGAUGGAGUGGUAGAGCCUCCUGGGGGCCUUUGAUGCAGAGGAAGAAGAACAGUGGAAGAGUCUUGCUGUGAAGAGAGCUUUCAGUGUUCCAGCGCUCACUCAUUCAGUCUUAGCCCAGGACAUCCAUUUAAAUGAAAAGUUAUUACAACAGAGGGAGACAGUCCCUGAGCCUAAAGAGAAGACCCUUCAUGUUCAACUUCUUGCUCUAAGACGGAAUUACCGUACAAGGAUCCAGAGGUGCAGAGAGUGUGCUUUGUAGUGUUUCUUCCUGUGUACCUGGCCACAGUGGUGGGCAAUGGCCUCAUUGUUCUGACAGUCAAAGUCAGUCAGAGUCUGCAUUCCCCCAUGUACUUCUUCCUGAGUUACCUGUCCCUGGUGGAGAUCAGCUACUCCUCUACUGUCGCCCCCAAGUUCAUUGCAGACUUGCUUUCCAAGGUUAAAACCAUCUCCCUGGAGGGCUGUGUGGCUCAGAUAUUCUUCUCCCACUUCUUUGGCGUUGCUGAGAUCUUCUUGCUUGUGGUGAUGGCCUAUGACCGCUAUGUGGCCAUCUGCAAACCCCUUCAUUAUAUGAACAUUAUGAGCCAUCAACUGUGUCACCGUCUGGUGGCUGGUUCCUGGCUGGGGGGCUUUGUUCAUUCUAUCAUUCAGAUUCUCAUCACCAUCCAGUUGCCUUUCUGUGGUCCCAAUGUGAUUGACCACUACUUCUGUGACCUCCACCCCUUAUUCAAGCUCGCCUGCACUGACACCUCUGUGGAGGGGCUUAUUGUCUUGGCCAACAGUGGAUUACUCUCUAUCUUCUCCUUUCUCAUCCUGGUGUCCUCCUAUAUUGUCAUCCUGGUCAACUUGAGGAACCAUUCUGCAGAGGGAAGGCGCAAAGCCCUCUCCACCUGUGCCUCUCACAUCACGGUGGUCGUGUUGUUCUUUGGACCUGCCAUCUUCCUCUACAUGAGACCCUCCUCCACCUUCACUGAGGACAAACUGGUGGCCGUGUUCUACACGGUGGUCACACCCAUGCUGAACCCCAUCAUCUACACACUCAGAAAUGCAGAGGUGAAAAUUGCCAUGAGGAGGUUGUGGGACAAAAAGGAAAACUCAGGGAUGGAGUGAAAACGGGAAGCAAUAAAAUGUAUCUCAUUAUUCCCUGCUCUUGAAAUGAGUUUUGAUUUUAGUGAGAUGUUCAUGAAUGACAGAAACAAAUGUAAAGACUUGAUGGUA